AUGAAGCCUGUGCAUGUCCGCAAGCCUGUGGACCAUGACUCCAUACCUUUGGGGCCCUCUGCUGCCCCAAGAGUCUCCACUGUUCAAGAAGAGGAUGAAAUUAAAGAAAGAAACAAAGGUGAGAAGGAAGUCAAAGGGAGAGGCAGAAAAGUUGCUGAAGAAGAAGGACAAAGGAGAAAGACUAAAGCCCAAAAACCUGAACAAGAUAAGAAUUCACUGAAAAAGGUCAGCUUAUCAGGCAGAAAAGCUGCUGAAGAUACAGACAAAAGGAAAAACAAAUGCAAAACUAGGAAGAGAUGCAGAAAAUUGGCAGGAGUUUGUCAGUCCAAGAAAAUGGCAUGCGUCGGCGGCAAGAAGUUGAAAGGCACGAAGUUAUGUAACAAGAAAAAGUGUCGCUGCUGCGCCCCUAAAUCAUCACUAUGCAAGGAAAAGAAAUGGUGCAAGAAACGGGGCGGAAAAUGCCAAUUCAAGUGGGAAUCCUGCGACGGAAAGACAAGGGCUAAGGGAUGCAGAGGAAGCAGCGUCUGCGUCUGUUGUAUUCCCGAAAUCUCACCAACCCCGGCUCCUACUCCCGCACCUACUCCAGCACCAACUCCUGCUCCAACUCCAGCACCAACUCCUGCUCCCACUCCUGCACCAACAGGUCCCACUCCCGCACCAAGUCCUGCACCAACAGGUCCCACUCCCGCACCAAGUCCUGCGCCAACUGGUCCCACUCCCGCACCAAGUCCUGCGCCAACUGGUCCCACUCCCGCACCAAGUCCUGCACCAACUGGUCCCACUCCCGCACCAAGUCCUGCUCCCACUGCUGGCCCCACUGCUGGUCCAACUGCAGGUCCCACUUCUGGCCCAACUUCAGGUCCCACUUCUGGCCCAACUGCAGGCCCCACUUCUGGUCCAACUGCAGGUCCCACUUCUGGUCCAACUGCAGGUCCCACUUCUGGCCCAACUGCAGGUCCCACUUCUGGCCCAACUGCAACUUCCAACUGCUCCACUGCUGGCCCCACUGCUACUUCAACCGCUCCACUGCUACCUCAACCGCUGGCCCCACUGCUACCUCAACCGCUGGCUACCUCAACCGCUGGCCCCACUGCUACCUCAACCGCUGGCCCCACUGCUACCUCAACUGCUGGUCCUACUGACAGUUCUAGUAGCUCUUCUGAAUGA